GAAGAAGAUGCCGCCGCGGAAAAGUCUCUUCAUCUCCGUGUCCCCUGAGGACAGAGUCCACGGACACGCGGCUCUGCACGCGGACUUCCACGCUCUGCUGCAGCGGGGACCCGGGCUGGAGCGCGCGCGCACCACGGGCGGCUGCGACCGCAGAGACGCUCCGUGCGCCAUCGUGGAGCUCCGGCUCGGUUCUGCCGCCAGAGACAUCAUCAGCAGCAGCAGAGACAUCAGCAGCAGCAGAGACAUCAUCAUCAGCAGCAGCAGCAGCAGCAGAGACCUCCUGCAGCCGGACAGGGGCGCUGUGGAGCGGGCGCAGCGGCGGCGCCGCCUCGCCGCUAACGCCCGGGAGAGGCGGCGGAUGCUCGGACUGAACGUGGCCUUUGACCGCCUGCGCAGCGUCAUCCCGAACCUGGAGAGCGACAAGAAACUGUCCAAGUCUGAGACUCUGCAGAUGGCGCAGAUCUACAUCAACACGCUGAGUGAACUGCUGCACGAGGCCGCUGCGCCCGAGACACCGGAGACACCGGAGACACCUGGGACCAACGCGGAGGGGACAGACAGCAGAGACAAACUACAGCUCUGAUGAUGAAGACAUUAAAGACACUGUCAGUGAUUUUCUUCAUGUUUAAAAAAACAUUUUUGUUCAAAAACUUUAUUAAAUAUAUUUUUGCUAUUAAAACAAAAAACUCCAGCACUUUUUCUUUGAAGAUAAAAAAAGGUCAAAGGUCAAAGGUGUAAAUGCUGCAGAUUUCUGUAAAAAAAUGUGAGAAAAAUAAA